AUGAGAGUGAAGACUUGGAUCUGCCUGCCAAGCCAUCCUGGGCACUGCAAGAAGCAACAUGACUUAGGUAAUUCUCCUGAGGUCCCAGGCAUCUCCAAGGCCCUGGCCCUCUCCCCAGGUGCACCAGCCGUGAUGCAGCAGCUGCGAGUGGAGACAGAUACCUUCGGGGCCGGCGAGGGGCCACAGCAGGCAGCGCCCUGGUCGGCCUGGUUCACACGGCAAGGCUGGGUGCGCUGGUUGGCGUCCCAUGUGCCCCGGAGCUGGAUCCAGUGGUGGAACACCUCGAGCUGGCGGCAACCGCUGCAGCGCCUGCUGUGGGGUCUGGAGGGGAUACUCUACCUGCUGCUGGCACUGAUGCUGUGCCAUGCACUCUUCAUCACUGGCUCCUACCUGCUGAGCUCCUUGUGGCCCGUCGUGGCCGCGGUGUGGCGCCACCUGCUGCCGGCUCUGCUGCUGCUGGUGCUCAGUGCCCUGCCCGCCCUCCUCUUCACCGCCUCCUUCCUGCUGCUCUUCUCCACACUGCUGAGCCUUGUGGGCCUCCUCACCUCCAUGACUCACCCAGCCUACGCUCAGGACUUAGAUCAAUAG